GAGGUUAGUUUGCAGGUAAAUGUUGGACAACUCAAUUAUUUCAUCGUGGAGUGAAGAGAAAAAAAUAAAGGAGAAAGUUUUUCAAUUUUAGUAGCUUUCCUGACAAUAAAAUUCACAGAAAAGUGCUUAUAUCUCACAACUAGGACGUUGGAAUUGUGCUGGUGGUGUAGCCUUUGCAAUUAAUCGCAUUUCUGCUGGCAUUUUAAUCCCCAGAGGAGGAACUAAUUUUUUUUCGCCUGUGUGCUGUGUGUGCGUAGUAAAAGGUAGCAAGAAUGCCAGGUGAGAAUGAGGAGCAGCAACGGCAGCAGCCCCCGCGUGGAACGGAUGCCCUCCUGGCGCAUAUAACGCAACAUAAAUUGGAUGUUGCUCUGUGGGCAACACGAGUGCUCACCAUUUUCUUUGCAUUCGGCUACCUGAUCCCCAUUUUUGGGAAUGCUCAGAGCUCAUACUACAGGGUUCUCCUUGCAAAUGCCGCCACCUCGGCCCUACGCCUCCAUCAACGGUUGCCACGCGUUUCCUUCUCGCGGGAAUUCCUGUCGCAACUUCUGCUGGAGGACUCAUGCCACUACCUCUUCUUCUCGCUCAUCUUCCUAUAUGUGAGCCCUGUGAUCCUCAUUCUCCUGCCGGUUGUUCUCUUUGCAGUAUUACAUUCCGCCAGCUACUCUCUUACACUCCUCGAUACUCUUGGACAGAAUUCGUGGUGGGGUGCUAGGUUGUUGAUCUCAAUAGUUGAAUUUCAAACACGCAACAUCCUUCGAUUAGCCGCCUUCACGGAGGUUAUCCUCAUGCCAUUCAGCAUUGUUCUUGUUCUCUUGGGUAAAGCUGGUCUCAUGACACCCUUAAUCUACUAUCACUUCAUUACAAUGCGCUACACAUCUCGUCGUAAUCCCUAUACGAGAAAUAUUUUCUACGAAUGCCGCUUAGCAGCUGAAAUGAUCGCCAAUAACCCAUCAAUGCCGGCAAUUGUGACAAAAAUCAUCCGAGCUGGUAUUAGCUUCAUUUCUCGCCUUGCACCACCAAUUCAGCAAGCGCCGCAGCAAUAAAAAAAAUCUUCCCGGUUUGGGUAAAACUACUACUACUAAAAAAAAGAACAUGAGAAGUUAGUUAGGCUACUCGUAAAAGUUGUUGGUUUAUUUUUUACUCUAUCCAAACUUAUUGCAUUGUUAGUUUUUUUUCUUCUUCAUUUGGUUAGGGAAUGUCCAAAAAACAAUUGUACAUUACGUUUAUUAGUUUUUUUUUCUUGUCAUAAUUAAUCGUAUUUCACAUGACUUUUCAUAUCAUAUUUCGCUGCUAACACGGGAGCGAAGGAAUAAUAAUUAAAAAAAAAAGAUUAACAUUUCAUAAAGACAACAUUUAAAUAGGACAAGUUUGUAAUUUUUCUGUACAAAUAAACAAAAAUCACCACACAAUAAAGAAGUGACGGAAA